AUGUCGUGGUCCGCUGAUUCUCAUUCUCUAGAACAGCUUAAGCACAUAUUUAGGGGCACCUUAUCAGCAAACAAUGAAGAAAGAGAUCUUGCGAAUGGGGCGCUAAAUCAAGCUCGAGAGCAACCAGAGAUAGAGAAUUACCUUUUCGAAAUAUUAGUGUUAGACAAUACAGCUAAAUCUGACAUUAGAGCUGCCUCAGGAAUAAACUUGAAGAACAGUAUCUUGAAAAAUGAUCACCCGCUACAAACUAAGCAUAGAGAGUAUUUGAUGGAUAACAUAUUUAAAGGUCUUACUGUGAAGGAUAGUAUGGUCAGAAAUAUUACAGGUAACGUAAUUACAUCACUAUUUUCUAUCUAUGGGAUUGACGGAUGGCCGCAGUCUUUGCCUCAGUUGAUGGAGUUGGCGAACAUGGGCUCAUCCGAUGGUGUGUUCGAUGCGCAGGAAGCUGCGAUGAGUGCUCUCAGUAAAAUAUGUGAAGAUAGUGCUUUACAGCUAGAUCAAGAGUUUAAUGGUGAAAGGCCCUUGACCGUUAUGGUUCCAUACUUCAUUAAAUUGCUCGAUAACCCACAUAGUGGAAAAAUUAGAUCUUUAUCAAUUCAAUGCAUCAACCAAAUAAUUCCUUUAAGGUCUCAGGCAUUUCUAGUUCAUAUUGACGAGUUUUUGCAAAAGCUAUUCAAUCUAGCUAAUGAUCCUAAUAGUGAGGUAAGAAGAAACAUCUGUACUGCUUUUUCACUAAUUCUUGAAACGCGCCCCGAUAAGAUUUUCCCACAUAUAGAUGGUGUCAUUAAUUAUUGCUUACAUUUGAUGCAAGAUGCAGAUGAAGUUGUCGCUUUAGAAGCUUGUGAGUUCUUAUUAGCGUUAUCGACAUCCCCCGAAAUUGAAACAAACAAGUCAAUAUUUCAACCAAAACUAAAAUUAAUCUUGCCUAUUCUUUUGGAAAAGAUGGUGUAUUCUCCUGAGGAGAUUUUUUUAAUGGAAAUAGCUGAUGAGAAGCAGGAUGCUAAUGAAGAGGACAGGGAUGAGGAUAUACGUCCCCUGGCAGCUAAAUCGAAAAGCUCGCACACUGCUGCGACUAAUAGAAAGACUGUGGGUUCCCAAAUUGAGUCGGAUAACGAAACUGAUUCAGAAUUUGAAGAUGAAGACGAUGAUGAAGACGGUUUGGAGUUUGACCAAUGGAGUUUAAGAAAAUGUUCUGCUGCAACCUUAGAUGUGUUGUCUAUAAAUAUGCCCAGUGAAGUGCUUGAAGUUUGCUUGCCAGUACUUCAAGAGAGAAUAGUCUCUUCGGAAUGGCCAGUUAGGGAAUCCGCAAUAUUAGCAUUCGGUGCUGUUAGUAAAAGCUGUAUUGAGCUAGCAAGAGACAAGUUGCCCUCUUUGGUUCCAUUUUUAGUCGAUAGAUUGCAAGAUAGUGAGCCUAGAGUACGGCAAAUUGCAUGCUGGACUUUAUCGAGAUUUUCAUCAUGGGUAUCUGAGGAAGCGCAUGAAGGAGGCGAUUAUGCUGGUUAUUUUCAACCGACUUUUGAAUCUAUUGUUCGUUGUGGUUUAGAUGGAAAAAAAGUCGUACAGGAGGCUGCGUGUUCGGCCUUGUCGUCAUUUAUAGAGGAAUCUGAUACCAUUUUAAUGGUUCAGUAUGUGGAGCCCUUAUUACAUCACUUUGCAAAAUGUUUUGAAACGUAUCAGAGAAAAAAUCUAAUUAUUUUGUAUGAUUGUGUCCAAACUUUCGUUGAAAAAAUGGGAUACGAACAUUUAUCCUCACCUGAAUAUGUUAAUUUAUUGCUACCACCGUUACUUCAGAAGUGGCAAAUUCUCGACGAUAUGGAUACGGAUUUAUGGCCACUAUUGGAGUGCAUGGCAUCGAUUGCUGCUACUUUAGGAGAGUUAUUUGCACCUUAUGCUGUUCCAGUUUAUGAGAGAGCAGUUAAAAUAUUAUCUACCUGUAUUCAGCAGGACCAGGAGAGUCAAACAAAUCCUUUAAUUGAAACACCUGAAAAAGAUUUCAUUGUCACUUCUCUCGAUUUGGUUGAUGGGCUUAUUCAAGGAUUCGGUUCGCACUCCGUAGAGUUAAUGCAGCUGAGUAGUUCGAAUUUGAUGGAACUCGUUCUUUUAUGCUUCGAAGAUUAUUCAACCGAUGUGAGACAGUCUGCCUACGCAUUAUUAGGAGAUUUAGCUAUAUUUACGUUGGAUGUAACAGUCAAGCCGUUCUUACAGCAUGUCUUCAUCAGUAUCGGUAAUGAAAUAAACAAUAGAUCCUACACUACAUUUGCAGUUUACAAUAAUGCGAUUUGGGCUCUCGGAGAAAUAAGUAUGCGAUUGCCAUAUGAAUUGUUAGAACCAUAUAUAAAGAAUAUGGUGGACUUGCUCAUUCCAGUUUUGAACAGCUCUGAUACUCAACAAACUGUCCUUGAAAAUGCUGCUAUAUGCUUAGGUAGAUUAGGUCUCGGUCCUGGAUCUGAAGUCAUUGCACCCAGAUUACAAGAAUUUAUAUUGCAAUGGUGCUCUCAAAUGCUUUAUCUAGUCGAUAAUGAAGAGAAGGAGACUGGUUUUCAAGGAAUGAUAAACAUAAUUCAUAAGAAUCCUGAUCUUGGAUUUGGAGGGUUGUCUAAUCAACAAGGUAGAAAGAACUUGGCAAUAUUUGUUGUUUGUAUCGGAAAUUAUUCUGAUCCUCCAGAAUUUCUCAAGCAUCUUUUUGGACAAACAUUAAAUGGAUAUAAAGCUCUUCUUGGAGAUGACAUCUGGGAAUCUCAAAUAAUGUCCCACGUUGAUCGUGAAACAAGAGAAUACAUAAAAGAUGUUUAUCAGGUCUGA